AUGUCGUCAGGCAACUCGCCUUCACUCAACACGGCGGCGCCACCUGGUCUCACAGAUCCGACCCAGCGACGCUUUCGAGGCAGCGCCAAGAUAUCAGAAUAUGAAGUAAUGAAAGAGAAGCUGGGAGAGGGUACUUUCGGAGUUGUCAGCAAAGCAAAGUCCCGCCGGACGGGAAAUAUUGUUGCCUUGAAGAAGAUUUUAAUGCAUAACGAGAAAGAUGGCUUUCCUAUUACCGCUUUGAGAGAAGUGAAACUGCUCAAGAUGUUGAGCCAUCCCAAUAUUCUGCGUUUGGAGGAGAUGGCGGUUGAGCGGCAGCCAGCAAAGGCCGGCAAGAAACGCGCGACACUUUACAUGGUCAUGCCGUAUAUGGAUCACGACUUGAGUGGGAUGCUGACGAAUCCGGACAUCCAAUUCAACACUGCGCAGAUUAAAUGCUAUAUGCUGCAGCUGUUGGAGGGUCUGCGCUAUCUGCACGAUUCACAUAUCCUUCAUCGAGACAUGAAGGCAGCGAACAUCCUCAUCUCCAAUCGAGGAAUUCUCCAAAUCGCUGAUUUCGGCUUGGCACGACAUUACGAGGGACAGACGCCACAACCUGGUCGCGGCAACGGCGAUGCUGUGCGAGACUACACCAGCUUAGUCGUCACACGCUGGUAUCGACCUCCCGAAUUACUUCUCACGCUCAAGCGGUACACUCCGGCUAUUGACAUGUGGGGAAUUGGUUGCAUAUUUGGAGAGAUGUUCGAAAAGAAACCCAUCUUGGAAGGACGAUCGGACCUUGACCAGUGUGUCAAGAUCUUCAAGCUCAUCGGUUCGCCUAAUGAGCAAACGAUGCCUGGCUGGUCCGAGCUACCAGGUUGUGAAGGGCACAAGGACUGGGAAGCUCAGACUGGAGAGAUCGACAAGCGCUUCGGUAGAUGGCCGGGAGUCGGAAAGGAAGGGCUCAGUCUGCUCAAGUCGCUGCUUUGUCUCGACUGGCGGAAGCGGAUUAAUGCAAUCGACGCGCUGCAGCACGAGUACUUCAAAGUAGCUCCUCUGCCAGCAAGACCGGACGACCUACCGAGAUACGAAGACAGCCAUGAGCUAGAUUCUAGACGUCGCGGCAACCAAGAGAAGCAGAGAGCCUUACCUCCGGCUCCGGCAGGCGGCACCAUCGGCAUGGGUCCUGAGGAGGACUGGCGGUCGUAUCAAAAUGGCUACGGCGAUCGUGGAGGUCGCGGCUAUGGUGGACGUGAUCAAGGUCCUCCAGGUGCGUAUCGCGGCCCGCCUCGAGGCUAUGAUGACCGAAGAGGGCCCCCGCCAGCACCAUCCGGUAGACAGCCAACCUACCGCGAACGCGAUCACGACCGCCCACCUCGACCUAUGCCGUCGAAUGGGCACUCUCUUCCACCUCGCCCCGACGGCCUGCCACCUCGACCACCGCCCGCGGCUGCAGAUCGAAUACCCGAGCGUGGCCCAGAUCGAGGCCCUGACCGAGGUCCACCACCGCCCAGAGGUGGAGCUCGAAACGAUGUAGAUACAUAUAUCCCGUCAUACCAGAGUGGAGGUCCGCCACCAUACGACAGACCGCCACGCGACGAUCGACCGCCACGAGACAUACAUCGAGGAUACUCAGACCAGCGACGGACUAGAAGUCGAAGUCCAGACCGGGAUCGAAGAGAAAGAUUGCAGAAUAGAGAACGAGAGCUUUAUCGUAGGUAG